GUUCAAAAGAUAGGUCUUUUUUCCUUCUUUUUCUUCCCUCCCCCUUUUGCCCUAUCUUAUUUGUUGUUGGUGUAUUCACAAACCAUCACAAAUGUCCCCAUAACCAACGCCCCUUUACUGUACCCAAACUUUCCCAUUCCCACCCCAAAGCGGGCCUUCCGUCUACAAGUUGGAUUGGGGUUGAUUAUAUGGGUCGGGACUCCACUGCGGCUCGGGACUGUUGGGACUUGAACAUCAACUCUCCUUUUGAAUUCUAACUCCCUAGCUUGACAGUCCAUCCUUAGACUAAUUGAUCAAGAAAACACAGACCUUGAACAACGUUAGUAUGAUAUUACUAUGAUUCAUAUAUGGUCGAUUCUGAUAGGAUCAUAUUGAUCCUCGCCCUUGUCCUCCCUCUGACCUCUCCCAUUGGGGUACUUUACCCUUGUCACGCACCAUGGCUGGCUCUACAGUCUACCCCCCGGCAGCGAAUAUUCCUGAAGAUUCCUCUGAUCGACUCGACUCUCAAGAUCCAGAGCAACUCUCGCUGGCGAAUCGCCCUAACUUGUCCACACCGUUUCCUUCUACUGACGCCAAGCGUUCACCUUCAGACAUUUGGGAAAGGAAGGAGGCUGCUGUCGAGGAAGACCAGCAGGAAGCGAACACUAUCACAGAUGGAACGAAAGAUAAACCACUUUCAGUGGAGGCCAGUGGGACAUGGGAAUCAUGGGACGGGUGUCUGGGGGCCAAACCCGCAUCUUUGAACGUUCGGCGGCCGAACGAAUCGCUUGGCAAUCACCAGAAGGCCUUGAGCCAAAAAUCACAGGUUUCCCACCCUGGGAUGUCGUCGCGGCGCCCAAGCGUUCAGUUUACCGGCGAAGCUGCCGAAAAUGACCCCCCCGCAGAGUUUACACGGUCAAGACCUCCUUCCGUCACAGGUGACGAUAGCGAUGCGGAUUUGAGAGGGAAGCAAUCAAUAUUCGGCAAGCUAAAGGCUUUUGCAGCCUCCCCAUCUUUUGCCUCUCAUUCCCGCUCAGCUAGUGCGGCAACACGAAAAAAGAAGAAAAAGCAGCUGCGUCGCCGGACGGAAGAUGACUCUGCACCUCAAACAGAACCAAACACACCAAAAGUCUCAGGUCGGCCCUCCUUUCACCUACCUAGUUCUUUCGCUCCUUUCGAAAAUUAUCGGACGAACUUCUUCCCACGGCGAAAUAACGGGGACUAUGCUCAGCACCGUGAGGGGGUGUCAGAAGACGAGGGCCGUGACCGUCUCAAUCGCGAUAACGCUUGGAGACGGAGAAGUGUCUGGCUUGCCAACACUCGUGGGUUUAGCUAUGGGGGACGGCAGGUAGAUCCACAAACAAACCAGGAUGACAGACGCCCUAGCAACCUGAGGCGAUUUACUGGCCUGGCAGCCCCGUCAGAAAAUACAGAAAGCCUUGGCGCGCCCUGGAAGCGCCAUCGAGCCGAGCGUGGCUCCAGCCUGAGUGCUCAAAGAUGGCGACAGAUUAAGGCUGGUUUGAAGUUAAUUGGACAGCGGCGCAAGGUCGACAACACCGUUGAUCAUGCAAAGUCAGCCGAACUGCUAGCCGAGCUGACCUCGGGGGUACCUGCGGCCCUCAUUCUGGCCAGCAUGUUUCAACGCGAUGAGCAUGGCAGUAAACGCAUUCCGAUCCUUCUUGAGCAGCUCAAGGUUCGAGUAACGGACAGUAAGAUUGAUUCCCAUUCCGGAGACCGCCACCUUGUCUUCAGAAUUGAACUUGAGUAUGGAAGUGGUAUGACUCGGAUGAAAUGGAUCAUUUAUCGAACACUAAGAGAUUUCGCCAAUCUUCAUCUAAAAUACAAAUUACACUUUGGAACGCAAAAGUAUAUCCAACUGCGAAAUACUGAAGGUGCACAGAAUCUUCCCCGCUUCCCUCGAAGUGCAUUCCCUUAUUUGCGAGGAGUUCGGGGCUUAGAAAGUGAUAUGGAGGACGAAGAAGAUGACGGUGGGUACGAAACUGCAGCUGAGGUGACAAGUGGCAACGAGAGAGCUGCGAAGAAGCAGCAAACCCGACGGCGAUCAUCCGGUAAUAUAUCCCGGCGACAGUCGUCUAUAACGAACCCAGACGCAGAGAAUGCUGCUGGAGCCACAGCGGAAGGCGGCCCGACCAAAAAAGAAACCUACCCGGAAAGACAAAGAAAAAAACUUGAAUCAUAUCUACAAAAGCUGAUUCGGUUCCUCAUCUUUAAACCCGAUAGCAAUCGUCUAUGUAAAUUCUUGGAACUAUCUGCAUUAGGCGUGCGCCUUGCUGCUGAAGGGAGCUAUCAUGGCAAGGAAGGGUAUCUGAUUAUACAAUCCUCGAAAGGCCUAGACUUCCGGAGGGCCUUGACUCCUGCGAUGGUAAAGAAUCGGCAUUCACCAAAGUGGUUCCUUGUCAGGCAUAGCUACGUUGUUUGUGUCGAUUCUCCCGAAGCGAUGAAUAUCUAUGAUGUAUUUUUGAUAGACCCUUUCUUCAAGCUCCAAACACAGAAGAUGAGUCUACGAAACCAGAAAGCGAAGGAGCUUGCAAAAUCAGCAAAGGAGUCAGCUAGGCACCCACAGCAUCACACGCUAAGACUUGAGAAUUCAGAGCGGAAACUCAAGCUAUUGGCGAGAAACGAGCGCCAACUGCAUCAGUUUGAAGAUUCUAUUCGGUUCAUGGUCAACAAUACCCCUUGGGCAAGGCCAAACAGGUUUGACAGUUUUGCUCCGGUGCGUCACCAUUGUUUUGCCCAGUGGCUAGUUGAUGCUCGGGAUCAUAUGUGGAUGGUGUCACGGGCGAUCAAUCAGGCCAAGGAUGUCAUAUACAUACAUGACUGGUGGCUUAGUCCGGAGCUCUACAUGCGACGACCAGCUGCAAUUAGUCAGAAGUGGCGCUUAGAUCGCCUGCUCCAGCGAAAGGCACGCGAAGGCGUCAAGAUCUUCGUCAUCAUGUAUCGAAAUAUCAACUCUGCCAUCCCAAUUGAUUCAGAAUACUCAAAGUUCUCUCUUCUUGACCUGCAUCCCAAUAUCUUCGUGCAAAGAUCUCCCAAUCAAUUUCGGCAAAAUACUUUCUUUUGGGCACACCAUGAGAAAUUGUGCAUAAUAGAUCACACGUUGGCAUGGGAUACGCCUCAACAUCUUCUCACCGAUGAUAAACCAACAGGGUUCGAGACCUCAGAUGGACCCAAAGACGCUGACCACUGUCAGCUUUGGCCUGGUAAGGACUAUUCGAACCCACGAAUGUAUGAUCGAAACGUCAUUCCUAGGAUGCCCUGGCAUGAUAUAUCAAUGCAUGUUGUCGGUCAACCGGCCCGGGAUCUCACUCGCCAUUUUCGAAAGCCAACUCGGCCAACCCCAUUUCUGCUUCCUCCACCUGAUUUUGACACUGCAGAUCUGGAAGCUCUUGGCCUAGAUGGGACAUGCGAAGUCCAGAUCUUACGGUCGAGUAGCGCAUGCAUCAUGAAUGCCUAUGUUAAGUUAAUCGAAGAAUCGGAUCAUUUUGUCUAUAUCGAAAAUCAAUUUUUUGUAAGUACCUGUGAAAUAGACGGCAGGAAAAUCGAAAAUUUGAUUGGCGAUGCUCUGGCAUGGCGUGCCGUCAUCGUUAUUCCACUGAUACCAGGAUUCCAAAACACGGUAGACAGUGAGGGUGGGACAAGUGUCCGUCUGAUUAUGAUGUGUCAGUACCGCAGCAUCUGUCGAGGGGAGACGUCUAUCUUUGGUCGACUUCGAGCUUUGGGUAUUGAACCUGAGGAUUAUAUUCAAUUUUUCAGCUUGCGGGCUUGGGGCAAGAUCGGCCCUCAGAAGCAGCUUGUUACUGAGCAGCUUUACAUACAUGCUAAAUGCAUGAUUGUUGACGAUCGAGCAGCAAUCAUCGGGUCUGCAAACAUCAACGAACGGUCUAUGUUGGGAUCGCGAGACUCAGAAGUAGCGGCUGUUGUGCGUGACACUGACAUGACCUGGUCCACCAUGAAUGGACGUCCUUAUCUCGUUGGACGGUUCCCCCACACUCUGCGGAUGCAUGAGCUAAUGGAGCAUUCCAUGGCAACAGAAGAAGAACUACGAAGAAUUCAGAUUGCCGAGGAAGGCUCCAAGUCGCCGGGGGAUCGUGAGAGACCCGAUCCUGAGUCACUGAUGUUGGAGAAACAAGACGAGAGAGACAUGAUCGAGCGUCGGCACCACAUGCAUAGUUUCAAUCAUGAUGUCGACUGGGAGCAGGGUAAUAACCCAAACCUAAAAGUGACAGCCAAUCCCGAACACAAGAAAGACGUGGAUGGUCUUGGGCCUGAUCAUCUUAGCGCUGCUUUGCAAGCCGGCUUAGGAGACGCUCAGGUCUUGAUCUCCCCGAUUGCGAGCGAGGGCAAGGGUACUGUCCAGCAACCGAGACAAACAAAGAAAGCACCAUGCAUCUUACCAGAUAAUGCCAGUGAACGAGAUUCGGUUGUUGAGGGACUACCGGCUGCUCGUCAUCCAGUCUUACUAGGACAUGAGACCGAGAGCAGUGGCAAUGAUGCUUUCCCGACAUCUAAGGAUAAAUUUGACAUGUCAAAAUAUCCACACCCCCUAAGCCCAGACAUGAAGCAUAUCUUCAUUGAUAAAGACUGCAUGAGGGAUCCGGUGAUCGACGUGUUCUACCUGGAUACCUGGCACGCCGUUGCCGACAAAAAUACAAAGCUGUACCGGAGCGUUUUCCGUUGCAUGCCUGACAAAUACGCUGAUUAUGGGGAACGUUUCGCUGAAAUGCAGAACCAACACAGUGCUAAAGCAUUUCGCCAGGCUAAUGCUAGGCAAACUGGGCCGCCUGGGACCGGUGCCAGUUUGACUACAGGUGGUCUCACUACCAAGUCCCAUUUAUUGGCUGCCGCUCAAAACGCCGAGGGGCCAACGAUGGUUGAAGAUUUGGUACAACAGGAAAAGCGACCUUCUAAAGAUGAAAAAACUGGGUCGAGAGCGGUAGAUGUGUCAUCAUCUGGAAACUUACAAAACGGGCAAUACGACGAAAAUGGCUCGUCCGGAGAAGACCAUGAGAAACAGCUUUCAGAUCCUCCUGUUUCACGACGACGACGCCGAAGAGCCACGACUCUUGGCUCGAAACGAGAGCUCUAUGCAUCGGAUGAAGUGAUGGACAAACAACGAGCGGAGGACCUGCUGAACCAGGUCCAAGGACAUUUGAUUCUUUGGCCUUAUGACUGGCUCGAGAAGGAAGAACAAGGUGGUAAUUGGCUGUACACACUGGACCAACUUUCGCCCUUGGAGAUUUAG